AUGUUUAUCCGUCAAGCGUUGCGCGGGCUCGGCCGGGCCGGACACGCAAUCAAGGCGGCCGCGUACUCGGCGUCCGCCGGCGGCGGCGAGUGCGGCUCCAAGAAAAUCGGCCUGGUGCUGGGCGUGUACCGCGGGUGUCAGCCCGGCGAAGUGCGCAUGUCCAAGCAGACGCAGAUGUUCGACGAGAAGAUCCAGGGCAAGGCCAAGGAUUUCCUGCUGACCUCGAACAUAGCCCGGCAGAGCGCCGUGGUGGCGCACAACCUGCCGUCCGACUACUUUGCCGUGGCGUUCGCCGACAUCGGGCCGGCCGAGGCCAAGUACAACCCGCAGGAGAACCUGGAGGAGUGCCUGGACUGGACGCGCAUAGGGGCCGGCGUCGGUGCCCGGGCGCUGCAGCAGUACGCGGUCGACGAGAUCCACGUGGAGAGCAUGUCGAACGCGACCGCGGCCGCCGAGGGAUCGGUGCUGGGCGCCUGGGAUUUCGAAGGGUACAAGAGCUACAGCGAGGACAAGGUCAGGCCCACCGUGGUGCCGUACAACGUGGACGAGACCGAGCUGUGGCGGAGCGGCACCAUAGCCGGCGAGGCGCAGAACAUGGCCCGGCACAUCGCGCACCUGCCGCCCAACGUGGGCACGCCCGACGGCAUUGCCGACUACACGCGGGACAUGCUGUGCAAGUGCGGCGUGCAGGUGAGCAUCCGGAACGCCGAGUGGAUCGAGGAGAAGAAGAUGAACGCGCUGCUGAACGUGGGCAUGGGCUCGCGGCGCACGCCGCUGCUGCUGGAGCUGGCCUACUGCGGCGGCGUGUCCGACGGCAAGCCCGUGGUGCUCAUCGGCGACGGGUGCACGUACGACUCGUGGGGCCUGUGCCUGCGCGACAACAAGCGGCUCGAACACGGUUCGGUGUUCGGCAAAAUCGGCGCGGCGUCCGUGAUCGGCGCCAUGCAGGCCAUCGCCCGGCUGUCGCUGCCGAUCAACGUGAACGCCAUGGUGCCGCUGUACGAGAACAAGCCGGGAGGCAUGGCCCUGAAGCCGGGCUCGGUCGUCAAGACGUUCCACGGCAACUUGUCCGAAGUGCACCGGACCAACGUGUCCACGAGGCUGGUGCUCAGCGACAUGAUCGGCUACAGCCAGGCCCUCGCGCCCGACAUGAUCGUCAACGUGUCCACCUUGUCCGUCGACAGUCAAAAGUACCUGAGCGACGGCGUCACGUACGGGUACACCGCAAACGAUGGCCUGUACAGGACGCUGGAGAGCGCGUCCGCGGUCACGGGCGACCGGGUGAUUAGGGGCCCUCUGUGGAAGUUUUACGAGGCCAAGACCAAGUGGCCGACGUUGGCCGACACCCGGGUGGUGCCACACCAGUUCUCCGGCGAUUCCAUGGCCGCAGCCAUGUUCCUGGAGGACUUCAAGCCCAAAGCCACGUCCAUGGUCACGCUGGACGUGGGCGGUUCAGCGUUCGUCCGGAGUCCCAAGCCUGAACAUUACCUACGGCCCGAACGAUUGACCGGAAGUCCGGUGCGCACAAUUGUUGAGUUUCUGAAGCAAUACACGUGUCCCAACGAUAAGAGGCUGUCCUGUUAAAAUUGUUGUGUCCAAAUUC